CAGAGAGAGGUUUUGCUGCAUUUUCCAAAGAUGGACGUUUCGCCGGCGAUAUGCGAUCAAAAUGUUCCGGCGGAAGACACGGAGGAGAACGAGGAAGAUGAUGAAGAUUUGUGCCGGAUUUGUCGAUCACCGGAGGAGCCUGGUAACCCAUUGAGGUAUCCGUGUCUGUGUCGUGGGUCUAUCAAAUAUGUCCACCAAGACUGUCUUCGUCUUUGGUUGAAUCGUCGCGGACACAAGAAAUGCGAGGUUUGUGGGCGUAGCUACUCUUUUGUUCCGGUUUAUUCAGAGAAUGCUCCGGAGAGGCUUCCUUUUAAUGAAUUUCUGAUUGGAGUGUUAUUGAGAGCUGUACGUUACUUGAAACUGAUUUUUCCUUGGAUUCUUGUGAUUCUCUUCAACACCUACUGCUACUCCUUGCAUCCUUUGGGCCGAGCAUCUUCUGCUGAGUUCCAGAAUGGUGUUUGGAUGUCUUCCAAGCUCGCUUCUUUCUAUUAUGGCCUGUUAUACAACCUUAUGAUCGUGUGUUUCAUGACCACUGUCACUCUUCAUAGGAUGGAGGUAGGAGAUCUCAAUCUCAUGAGAUUUCCUGAUGGGGUUCACGCUGAGAAUCUUCUUCACCUACUAGUACUACAAGGACCUAUUGGUGAAGUUGUCAAGAUCUUAGGGAAAUAUAUGAAGAUCCUUUGUGAUUGGUAUUUUGUGAAACUCAUCCGUCUCUUCGGCCAACCUCAUGGACUACUACUAUUUGUUCCUCAAAAUGUGCCACUUCAUAAUUUUGGAGUUAUCCGGAGGCUGCUUUUCUUUAUGGAUGAUGAUGCCUUUGCUGGUCUUGCCAUCAGUGUUUAUGUGUCUAUCCUCUUUGUUCUUCUGCCGUUUUCGAUUGGAUGGAUUGUUUUAGCAACUGUUGGAGGCAGCUACUUACCUGGAAACUCGCCUUUUACUCUUGGUUACAUAAUUAUGCUGUCAACUUCCUUUCCAGCCAUAGUCAGGUGGUUUUCCCUCGGAUUUCACUUCAGAACAGUGAUAUUGCCAUGUCUCUUGUGGGUUUUCUCAGUAGAUGCCUGCAAAAAGCUGUUUUUCAUUAAGUAUUGCUUCGUCUUGUACUUUAAAAUUGGUGUUCUGCCUUGGGUACUUGGAUGUUGGCUUGAAAUCUGCACCUCCCCUUUGUUUGGAACCACAAUGUUCCAGAGGUUUGAGAUUCUUUCACAAUUCCCAACCAUGAUGUUCAUACGCUGGUGGUCAGGAAUCUUUUGUUUGAUGAUAGCUUUCAGUUACAUAGAUCUUAUCCAGGAGAUCAUUCAUAAACGAGCCUAUUGGUAUCUCCUAGAUGUCACAGAUCCAGACUACAAGAUCACCAAACUGAAUCUUGAAUACACUUUCUUUGUGUUUGCGUCUCAUGGGGCCUUGUUGGUGAUUUUGUUUCACUUGCCAAUGAAAGCAAUUACACUUAUCAGCCCAUCAUUUUUCCCUCUUGAGUUAUGGGUCACCGACGAAAUGCCUUUUGUUGGUGCAUACGUAGUUUAUUUCAAUCUACUAUCAUCCGGCACCCAUUGGUUAAUCGAACUAGUUAAUCCAGUUUUCCAACUCAUAGUUCACAACUGGCUUAUCACUGUUAGUUCUUGGCUUCAGCUAAGUGAUUUCUUGCUGGUAGUCCCUCGACCAAGAAGGGAGUUCAAUGGUAAUCCAUGGGUUUUAUUGUAUUCCAUAGCUGAAGGCUCUGUGGUCAUUUCGCAUAAUUCUCAGAAUGCUGAAGAAGAUAUUAAAGACCAAAGAGAUGACAGGUUUCUGCCGAGGAUUGCACUGAUGUUGGUUCUAGCUGCUUUGAGUCUGUUCCUCUUUAGUACAGCCUUCAUGGCUUUGCCAAUUUUGUUGGGGAGAGUAUUCUUUGACUCUGUCUCAUUCAUCAGGAUAAGAUUUGGAAUCAAACAUGACGAUUUAUGUGCUUUUUGGAUUGGAUGUCAUAUUCUGCGAAGAAUCUAUAUCAGCACUUGCUUUGUAUCUGAUCAUAUUCAGAAGGGAAAAACGAAUUUGCUUCUCAGAUAUAUCUUGCUACGGACAAGAAGUGGCCUGUUUUUCUCCAUCUGGAUCUCUUUCAUACCGGGAUUGCUUGGUCUACUUAUCGAUCUUAUGAUCAUCAUCCCAUCACGAGUGCCACUAAAUGAAUCACCAGUUUACUUCUUGAUCCAAGAUUGGUUAAUUGGGGUAGUGGUGCUUCAUAUAUGGACCUUUCUGACAAUGUUCACACCAGUCAGCUGUUUUGCGACUAAGGCAUGGCGAGGGAAGUUUGAGAGAAUCAGAACCGUGGGAAUCAAUAGACUUCCUUCAGUGUGGCUGCUUCGAGAUGUGAUUGGUUCCAUCAUAAACACACUUCUAACUACACUCUCCAUCCCUUACCUGCUUGCCAAGGCUCUGUUCCCGUUGCUUGGAUAUCCCCAAAGCGUCAACUCAGCCGUUGAACGGUUUAUUUGGCCGGCGUUAUUGGCUUUGAUCACGGUCUGGUUAAUGGUGAAGCUAACACGUGAUGUCGUUAUCUACCUUCACCAAUUGGUUUUCAAUGAACGGUAUCUGGUGGGUGAAAGAGUGGACAAUCUGACUGAAGAAGAUGUAGAGCAGGGGAUAAUCAUCCAUGGAGGAGUAUGACCAACAAGGACUCUUUUGCUUUUUGUUCAUAGACAAGUCAAUAUGCAUGUUAUUAUUUAUCUUUAGGUUUCUCACUUUGACAGUAAUUAGAGGAAACCAAAUUUUGAGAGUAGACAUAUGUUGUAUAGUGUCUUUCUUUUGACGAGAUAAUAUGGAAUUCUUGUUGACGUA